UUUCCUGCGUUAACGUGUCAAAAAUGUUGUCGCCUGACGACAGCUUCUCCGAAAAUGAGAAAUGUGUCGAUGUGAAGGACGUGGACCAGCUCUCAUCACCAUUAUCUCAGUGAUUGCAACCAUAUCCAGUGUCGUCGGGGAUCAGGAGCAGGCGAUGUCCUUGCCUCUUUUGAAGGCGAAGUCACAGCAGCGCCUGCCGCCGGAUUACGUGAAGGGAGUCCUUAGUUUGAAGGGCAGUCUGCUGGCCAACAAGCACUCUACGGCGCAGGGUUCUAAUCAGCAGGCGGCCAACUCGGGCAUCAAAUCGGGCAUGAGGUACACGCCGCAAUUGGAGGUGCAACAGCAGCCACAAAGUCGGCAACAGGAGAUUCAGGUUGAGCCCGUCGCGAAUCUGAGGCCAUCUCACAGAUCCCUUCUCCACUCCCAGAUGCCGACGGUCAAGUUGAAUCGAUACAGUCAGGAGUUCCCGGCCGCCCAUCUCUUCCAGCCGCCCUUUGUUCCCCUGCCGAGAGUGGGGGAAACAAAGGAGUCGCAGGAUGCGCCGCCAACUGCCGAACAACUGGAGUUGCUGCAACAGUUGUCCGAUUUUUUUGGCCAGCGGCAGCAAAUCCAACAACAGGUGGACCAGCCGGCUAAGUGCGCUCAGGAUCAGGAGGGAAAGGAGCUGUGCGAUACAGAAACCACCACUGAGUGCAGCGAAACCACAAAGGCCGAAGAUUCGGUUACCGUGGAUGUGAAGAACAAGGAGACGACAGCCACGACUCGGGCGAAGCCUUCCGAGGCCCCGAAAACAAAGGCCACCAAGUCCACCACUCAAAAGCCUCCUGCAACUACUCGCCCUACGAAAUCCACUACCAAAAAGUUGCCCUGUUGCACUAAGCCGUCGAAGAAGAUCAUUGCUGAGGUUCCCAAUGUGAUUAGCUUUUCGCUGAAUAUUCAGAAUGAAAACUCCGACGAGGCAAAGUCGUUGAAGCAACAGCCCCGAAACAAUAGACAUGCGAUUCAGCCUGAUUUGCGUAUAAAUGCCAUAACCAACUUGCUGAGAUAUCGGAGAAAAAGUGCCAUGGAAGCUGCUCCGUAUCCUAAACCCUUUUCCGCGUUGAAGGACCAACAAUUGCAUUUGGAGAGUCGAGUGAAACGAAAAAAGGAUCGAGUCCUGGACAAAAAUCAACUACUUCAGGCUGAGCUUAAGAUCUGGCCCAUUAGCAUACGAUCGCAUUUAAUUGAACCAUUUAACUGAGUUGAAAAUAAAUAUAUUUUUGAAGAACCUUAAAAAAUUUAGGGGAACGUGGA